AUGCCACCGCCCCUGCCAAGUCCCCAAAGAACGCCAACGCCCCUUCCAGGACCCCUAAAGGCGCUCACGUGCCUGGGAGGGCCCCUGGGCCACUGCUGGCCCAGUGAGUGUCCCUGGUGGUGUCACCACAUCUGGCAAAGUCCCUGGGGGCGCCAAGGCCCCUUGAAGGGCCCCUGGAGGCGCCGAUGUCCCUCAAAGGACUCCUGGGAUGGGAGUGCUCUCAGAGGCUCUCCAAGGGACGGCGGCGCCCCCAGGGACACUCCCAGGGAAAUUGGCGCCCAAGAGGCCCUCCCAAUGACGUCGGCGCCCCCAGGGGCCAUGGAAAGGGUGGUUGCGCCCUCAGGGGCCUUGCCAGAAGCGGUGGCGCCCACAGCGGCUUUGCCAGGGGCGCUGGCGUCCUCAGGGGAUCUUCCUGGUGCAGACUCACCCCCAGGGACCCUUGCAGGGACGGCAGUGCCUCCAUGGGCCUUGCCCGAGAAGUUAGCGCCCCCAGGGGCUCUCUCAAGAACAUCGGCGCUCACAGGGGCCCUGCCAGGGUCGGAGGCACCCCCAGGGGCUCUCUCAAAGACAUCGGCGCUCUCUGGGGCCCUGCCAGGGACAGUGGUUUACCGGGGGCCCUGCCAGGGAUGGGAGUGCUCUCAGAGGCUUUCCAAGGGACUGCGGCGCCCCCAGGGACUCUCCCAGGGAAAUCGGCGCCCACAGGCCCUCCCAAUGACGUCGCCGCCCCCAGGGGCCUUGCAAAGGGUGGUGGCGCCCUCAGGGGCUUUGCCAGGGGCGCUGGCGUCCUCAGGGGAUCUUCCUGGGGCAGACUCACUCCCAAAGACCCUUGCAGGGACGGCAGUGCCUCCAUGGGCCUUGCCCGAGAAGUUAGAUCCCCCAGGGGCUCUCUCAAGGACAUCGGCGCUCACUGGGGCACUGCCAGGAGCUCUAAGUAGCACAAAAACUACUGCAACCCUGUGCCGUCCCGGGGACGGGAGCGCUUGCAGGGAUCCUCCCAGGGACGGGAGCUCUCCCAAGGCCUGUGCCAUGGGCGGUGGCACCCCUAGAGGCUUUUCCAGGGACAUUGCCGCUCUCCCAGGAACAGCAGCGCCUGCAGGGGCCCUGCCAAGUGCAGUAGCGCUGGCCAGGACGCUCCCAGGGGUCCUCCCAGAGAUGGCGGUGCCCCCAUUGACUCUCCCAGUGACAGCAGCGCCUCAGGAGCCCUCCCAGGGACGGCGGCGCCGGAAGGGCCGUUUUGGGUGGGCCCUUGAGAGCGCCAAUAUCCCUAGUAGAGCCUUUAGGAUAUUCUAA